UGCCUUGAAGAGAGUAAAAGAAAGGGUAAAGAAAAAUUCCAAUGUGGGUUUAGGGUUUAUGCGGAUAGGGGAGAAAUGGAGGGCGUCAAGCAGGCGAUGGCGACGGUCGUGAAGCGCGCCGUCGUGGUGGCCGACCUCGUCGCAUUCACGGCCUUCCAUUUCGCUUGCAGCGCCAAGGAAUUCGCCGAGUCUGGAUUUGGCGUGCCGAAGCUCGUCACGGAUGUGGCCGGGUGGAGCGUUGCGGGAUGCGCAGUUGCUGGGAAUGCCUGCCUUGUGCUGGAUGUGAUGAGGAAAUUCUACGGAAAAAAAGAAUGCAACACUUGUAAUGGCUGGGAAGGGAUUCGAUGCACGUCAUGUAGAGGCACCGGGAAAAUCCAGUACCUUAUCGUGAAUCCAGGGUUGGAAGGAGGAGAAAGCUCGACAGCUGAAAGUGCUGCCAAAUCAGUUGUGGAUGGACGUGCGCAACUUAGAACUACCUCGGCUAGCGCGGACGUUGGCUACACUCUGCCUUCAAAAGACUGUACGACUUGUUCUGGAACAGGAGUAAUGAAGUGUACCGAGUGCAAUGGAAAUGCUUGGAGACCUGGCUUUCACGCCGAUAAACUUAUAAACUCCUCGACAAAAGCACUAAAUGCUUACAAGAAAUUGAACGUUCCAAAUGAAGCUAUCUUAGAAAGCUGCGAAGACCCCGCAACUGCGGAGUUCUUUCUUUUCACGCGUCCGGAACUAGAAGGGGGUUACCGAAUGGAUGAAGAUAUGAAGAAGGAAAUGUGGUGGAACUAUGAGGAGUGGCGACGCAACAGAUUAGCACAAAAGGCUGUUGGGAACCAAGAGCCUGGAUGGGAAUCGAUGCAGCAGGUUUUAGUCACUACAGAUCCUGUUGAAACGCUGGAAGAUCCUGCUGUUGUGAAGAAUGUUUCUUAUUACAAGGCUCGAAGAGCAGUAGAAGCGGAAGUUGACAGCAUGAUAAUGCCACAACGCCCUGCUGACUGGAAGGUGCCUCUCAAAUACCCACUCAAAGAAUCAGACUGGUCAGAAGACGACUUGAAAGAUCCAAAGAAGAAAGAAGAACGGGACGUGCUUCUCAAAGCGCAGGCCGAGAUCGUGAAUGAGGUUUCUGAUGAAGCUUGGGCAGCCGAAUGGCGAGAACUCAUGAUUCAAGACCUCACGAGGCAAAAGAUCGAAAACUACGUGAAGACGUUGUCCAAGCCGAAAGUAGAACCUCCAAAGCCGGCCGUUGCGAAGCCGGUUGAGAAAGCGAAGCCCGUGGAGCAAAUGAGCAAGGAAGAAAAGAAGAAAAAAGAGAGGAGGGAAAGGGCCGAGAGAAUUGCGAAGCAGGCUGCUGACAGAGAAGCUGCGCUGAAAAAAUCCAAGGCAAGGAAGUAGAUAAGAUUGCGGGAGCCAGAGCAACAGUAGCUCUAGGGUUUUAGCGCUUCAAUUCAGUGAUGGAGUGGAGAGCCAUGGCGGCGGUGAUGUUUCCGGUGUGCUCGAGAGUCAUCCCGGACAGGAGGUGCCGUGCUUUUAAGCCGGCUUCCCAUUUCCAAAGGUUCGUCUUUUUGUUUUGCUACGAAGUGACAAGAAAUGCAAACUUUUUGUUA